GCUUAAUGGGCAAAGGAAAGGAUUUUGAGUCCAGAUGCUUGCCUGAGACAACGCUCGGGUUGUGCACCGUGAUCCCGGAAGUAAUUUCAGGCUGCACGUUGGAACGUAGCCCGGGAGCUGCCGGCCGCGGAGGAGGCGGGAGGGCUCCGGUCAUCGCUGCUGCCGGCCGCGGAGGAGGCGGGAGGGCUCCGGUCAUCGCUGCUGGUCUCGGCUUGUGAGGAGUUACAGGGCUUCCUCUUGGUUCAGCGCCAAGUGGGAUAAGUUCUUCGAGCAUUUAAUUAGGUUAUUUUAGCUUCGCAUUGAUAAUAAGCUGAAGAUGGAUGAUGAGAUAGAAAAGUUAAUGGUGGGAAGGGAUCACUCUCUUGAUGUGGAGCGAGCAUGGACCAGCAGUUCCCUUCCAGAAGUUCAUUUGCAUCUGCCUACAAGUGUGCUUCAGUAUCAAAAUCUCAAAGACAGAAAACAAAGUGGCUUCCAAAGAACAGCCAAAAUCUGUCUGAGGCAGAUUCGCAAAGCUGUAUUGCAUCAUGACUGGCAGACGGCUGCAGAACUGAUGACCAACUACUUCCAGAUUUUAGAAGACACCUCUCCUAGAAAUCAAAGAUCUGCCUGUAAGGCAAUCUGGAGGAUGGGAACUACAAUACUUCAGCAUCAUCCUAACAGCUCUAUGGACAACAUUGAAUCAUUCACUAGAAAAAUGAAAAUCAUUGGAGUGAAAUUUUACUUGAAGGCCUGCUUGGAGCACGCAAUCCACCUGCUGUGUAAUGGAAAGAUGGAUGAAGCCUACAGAGAAUUGUCUGUAGCUGAAACAUGGAGAUACGGGGAAAAAUCAGCAAAUCAGCAAGAAGUGCUUAAACUCAUCCAAGGCUAUAGGGCAUUGCUUGAUUAUUACACAUGGGCUAAAAAGAAUCGUGUUGUUCAUGAUAUGGCUAAUGAUGCAGUCGAUUCAAGUACAGCACAAGAAAUGCACAAGUAUUUCCGACAAGCCUCAAUCGGCCUGCGUGAUGUUGUCCAAAGUCCUGGUGUGUGGGAUCCUUUCAUACUUGGCUAUGUCAAUCUGCUUGACUUCUAUGAUGGUUUUGAGGAAGCCCUGAAAGUACUGAAUGAUUAUGCUUAUGAUAGCAGAUUCCCACUAAAUCCAAACGCUCAUGUAUAUUUGUACGAGUUCCUAAAGAGACACGAUAGCUCACCUAAGAAGCUGAUGAAAGUACUGAGGGUAUUGUAUCAUCUGACUCCUUCUCAUGAACUGAUGUUGGAAUUUAAUUCGCUGCUCCUGAAGUCAAGAAAAAGUUGUCACCAUAAGGAAGCACUGGGUGUUCUCUUCUGUCUCCUGGAUUUCCCCACUUGGAAAGAAGACUGCAACACAUGGAAGUGUUUACUGAAGCAAGUGAAGAAAGCUGUAGCCCAGGGUUAUUCAGACUGGAUCAAAGAGCAAUGGGAGCCGCGACAAGAUUGGUGGCCUGCCUUUCAUUUCAGCAAGUAUCGUGCACAUAAGGAUUUUGAAGAAAAUAAUACCAAUGCUUACAGGAAAGCACAGAUUGCAGGAAUCCUAAUGGGCAAAGGUUGCAAAUAUUUCAUCACCAUUUACCAACUGGGACGUAAAGUUCAGAAGGCAAAAUUGAAGAAAAUGAGGCAAUAUGUAAAGGAUCACAGCCUGCUGCAGCUGAGCGGAUGUUGACUUGAAGUCUGCCUGCUGUUUAGAAAGUGCACAUAAUCUUCUGACUUUUGCAAUGUGAAUUAAAGGACAGUCUUGAGAUUAUUUUUUAUUCCAGCUUCAACAAAGCUCAACUAUUUUUGCCAAAAUGAGAGCACUUGGAACUGACUUAAAAUGUUUUUUUUCCCCUCGAGACCUUUCACUGAGUUAAGAUAGAAGAAUAAAGACGGGGAUGCCAUGGGGUGGUAAGGGUAAAGGGAAGCUAACAACUGUCAGAGGGUUGAGAGGUUUCCCACUGAUCUCUACUGUGAGGCACUCACUGAAACUUACUUUGAAGAAUAUUUUUCAAGGUACCAAUGUUGUAUAAAAGUGCUAAUGGUCUAAGUAUUUGGAAAGAUUGUGCUUUGCAUAAUUUAUCUGGAAGACUUGAAUGGUGGAAUUGAAAACUUUGUAUUGUAAUAUACCCAUAAAAUGAUGGUGCUUUUCUCAAAAGAUCGGUCUCCAUUCCCACGAAACACCUGCUAUUUUUAUAGUCUGAGUCGGGAAGCUUGCAGUUGCACUGUGAAUUAGAGCAUCAGUAGAUUUGACCCAAACUAGUUGAUUUUAAAGUGAGUUUUUGUGGUCACCACUUAACUCUUAACUAAUUGAAUGUUAGUUUUAAUAACUAGACUUCCUGAAUAUGAAGUGUUAAGUUCUUUGCUACAAGCUAUACACAUGUUUGAUUGGACUGCAUCUGAAGUGGUCCAUAUAAUUCGGAGUACCAGACCUUUCAUUUACUAAAAAGGGUUCAACUCAACUUCGCCAGGCACCAAGGAUCAAAUUAUUAAGAAAUGCAGAUUCUAUAUAGAAGAAUAAGGAAUCUCACUGAUGGUUUGAAUGAUUUUGUGAUGGUCUGAUAGAUGGAAUAUUUUUAUAUGCUUGAACUUUGGACCUGGAAAUGUAACAUUAAUGUCAUGGCCAACUCAUUCAGAAGAAACAUUUAAGAUGCUCACUUGUACAAUGUAAGGUGCUCUCUAAAAGCAAUGAGUUACUUAAGUAACCAGUGCAUUUUCCUAAUAAUUUAACCCUUGGAGCCUAGCAACGUUGUGGUGAAUCCUUUUUAUUAAAUAACCCAGGACUAUAGACGUAACUGUUACAAAAUGAAACUGUGGUGUAUCCUACCCAUACAAACCAAGGCAAGUCCAAUGAAGCCAAACCAUUAUCCUACCCUUAUCAGCAAAAUAUGAUGAUGGAAAGUCAUUAGCAGUGCUAUCAUGUUCUACGUACCUUAUCUUUCUCAAUGUUUCUCUACUUGGUUUGCCCAGGACUAGUCAUUCUAUAGAGUAACACAGGCUUGACCCAAAAAUACACCAAAAGUCUUAAAAUAGUUAUGGAAAGGGAUUGAACUGGUCCACAGGUUCAAGUUGUAAAUUGGGGCAAGGUGAAUUUUGAUGGUAUGAGAUGGGAGCUUGCAAAGAUUGAUUGGAGGUGGUUCUUUGUGGGCAGAGAGACCACAGGCAAGUUGGGAGGCUUUUAUAGGUGAGAUAUUGAGAGCUCAAGGUCUGCAUGUUUCUAUUAGAAUGAAAGGCAAGGCUGGUAGGAGUGGGGAGCCCUGGAUGAUGAGGGAUAUUGAGGCCCUGGCCAAGAAGGAGGACGACACAUGGGUCAGGUACAGGGUGCUGGGAUCAAGUGAAUCCCUGGAGGAGUAUAAGGGAUGCAGGAGUGUGCUCAAGAAAAUCAGGAGAGCAAGGAAGGUAUUCUAAGGGACAGGAUAUAUAAGUAUCUGGAUAGACAGGGCCUGAAUGGGGAGAGUCAACACGGCUUUAUGCAUGGUAGGUCAUGUCUAACCAAUCUUGGAGUUUUUCGAGGAGGUUACCAAGAAGGGUGCUGAGGUAAAGGCGGUGGACAUGUCUACGUGGACUUUAGCAAGGCCUUUGAUAAGGUCUCUCAUGGGAGGCUGGCCCAGAAGGUUAAGUCACUUGGCAUUCAGGAUGAAAUUGUUGAUUGGAUUCAACAUUGGCUUAGCAGGAGAAACCAGAGAGAAGUAGUUGAUGGUUGUCUCUGUGACUGGUGGUGUGCCGCAGGGAUCGAUGUUGGGUCCGUUGUUGUUCAUCAUCUAAAUCAUUAAUAUAGAUGACAAUGUGGUAAACUAAAUCAGCAGAUUUGCAGAUGAUACUGAGCUUAGGGGUGUAGUGGAUGGUGAGGAAGGCUGUCGAAGUUUGCAGCGUGAUCUUGACCAGCUGGGAAAAUGGUCCAAAAAAUGGCUAAUAGAAUUUAAUGCAGACAAAUGCAAGGUGUUGGACUUUGGGAGGACAAACCAGGGUAGGACUUGCACAGUGAAUGGUAGGGCACUGAGGUGUGUGGUAGAACAGAGGGACCUGGGAAUACAGGUCCCAUAAUUCCUUGAAAGUGGUGUCACAGGUAGAUAGGGCCAUAAAGAGAGCUUUUAGCACUUUAACCUUCAUUAAUCAAGGCAUUGAAUACAGGAGUUGGGAUGUUAUGUUGAAGUUGUACAAGACAUUGAUGAGGCCGAAUUGAGAGUAUUGUGUGCAGUUCUGGUCAUUUACCACAGGAAAGAUAUCAAUUAGCUUGAAAGAGUGCAGAGAAAAUUUACAAGGAUGUUGCUGGGACUGAGGACCUGAGUUGCAGGGAAAGGUUGAAUAGGUUAGGACUUUGUUCCCUGGAGCGCAGGAGAAUGAGGGGAGAUCUUGUGGAGGUAUACAAAAUUGAGGGGUAUAGAUUGGGUGAAUACAUGCAGGCUUUUUCCCCCUAAGGCUGGGUGAGACUAGAACUAGAGGACAUAGGUUUAGGGUAGAAAGGUGAAAUAUUUAAGGGGAAUCUGAGGGGAAAACUCACUCAGAGGGUGGUGCAAGUGUGGAAUGAGCUGCCAGUAGAAAUUGUAGAUGUGAGUUCAAUUGUAACAUUUAAGAAAAGUUUGGAUUGGUACAUGGAUAGGAGGGGUUUGGAGGGAUGUGGUCUGGGUGCAGGCAGAUGGAACUAGGCAGAUCAGGUUGGCAUGGACUAGAUGGGCCUAUUUCUGUGCUAUUGUACUCUGACUCUAAAAAGGAAUCAUGAGAUAAGUUUGACAGAGAAAAUUAAGAAAACUCCAAAGAGAUGUUAUAAAUAUAUUAAGGGAUAAAGACUAACUAGAGAGAGAAUAGGGCCCCUCAAAGACCAAAGGGGACACCAUUGUGUGGAGCUGCAGGAGAUGGGCAAGGUUCUUGAUGAAUAUCUCUCCUUUGUUUUUAUUGUGGAGAAAGACAAGACUUCGGAACUAGGGAAAGUAAAUGGGGAGGUCUUGGGGAUAGUCUGCAUUACAGUAGAGGAGAAAGGUAGACAAAUCUCCAGGGCCUGACUAGAUUUAUCCAAGAAUGCUGUGGGAGGCUAGAGAAAAAAUUGCAGAAGCCCUGGCUGAGGUAUUUGCAUCAUCAUUAGCCAUGGAUGAGGUGCCAGUAGACUGGAGGGUAGCGAAUGUUGUGCCUUUAUUUAAGAAAGGUGGCAAAGAAAAACCUGGGAACUAUAGACCAGUAAGUCUAAUGUCUGUGGUAGGUUAGUUAAUGGACAGGAUUCUGAAGGAUAAUAUUUACAUAAAUCUGGAAAGAUGGGUUGAUUAGGGGUAGUCAACAUAGCUUUGUGCAUGAGGGAUCAUGUCUUAUGAACUUGAUUGAGUUUUUUUGAUGAGGUGACUAAGUUGAUGAGGACAGGGUGGUAGACUUGGUUUAUAUGGACUUCAGUAAGGCCUUUGCUAAGGUUCCACAUAGUAGGUUGCUCUGGAAGGUUAGGUUGCAUGGAAUCCAGGAAGAGCUGGCUAAUUGGAUGCACAGUUGGCUUGAUGGUAGAAAGCAGAGGGUGAUGGUCGAAGGCUGUUUCUCGGACUGGAGGCCCGUGAGUGGUGUGCCUCAGGAGUCAGUGCUAGGCCCAUUGUUGUUUGUCAUCUAUAUCGAUAAUUUGGAUAAGAAUGUAUGAGGCAUGGUUAGUAAGUUUGCAGAUGACACUAAAAUAGGUGGGAUAGUGGGCAAUGAAGAAGGUUAUAUGGAAAAAAAAAUUCAGGGAGAUCUUGGUCACCUGAGUAAGUGGGCCAAGGAAUGCAAAUGGAGUUUAAUUCGGAUAAGUAUAAGGUGUUGCAUUUUGGAAAGUCAAAUCCAGGUAGGACUUUCGCAGUGAACGGCAGAGCCCUGGGGAGUGUUGUAGAACAGAGGGACCUUGGAAUACAAGUACAUGGUGACUGAAAGUGGAGUCACAGGUAGGGUGGUGAAGAAGGCUUUUGACAUGCUGGCCUUCAUAAGUCAGGGCACUGAGUAUAGAAGUUGGGAGGUCAUGGUACAGUUGAACCGGACACUGGUGAGGCCACACUGGAGUAUUGUGUUCAGUUUUGGUUGCCCUGCUGCAGAAAAGAUGUUAUUAAACUGGAAAGAGUGCAGAAAAGAUUUAUAAGGAUGUUGCCAGGACUUGAGGGACUAAGUAAAAGGAAGAGUGGACAGGCUAGGACUUUAUUCCUUAGAGUGUAGGAAACUGAGAGGUGAUCUUAUAGAGGUGUUUAGAAUCAUGACAGGCAUACAUAAGGUGAAUGCCCUCUGAUUCUUGAUACCACAACUUUGGGGGAAAAAGAGGGCAUAGGUUUAAGGUAGGAAGCAAAAGAUUUGAGGGGCAACUUUUUUUUACAUGAAGUGUAUCCAUGUAGACAGGUACAUGGAUUGGAAAGGUUUAGAAGGUUUUGGGCCAAAUGCUGGCAAAUGGGACUUGCUUCGAUGGGGCAUCUUGGUUGGCAUGGAUCAGUUGGGCUGAAGGGCCUGUUUUCAUGCUGGAUGACUCUAGGACUAUGACCAAAAAAUGAUUUCCUUUUACAAGUUGAGAACAUUGAUCCCUGAUCUUAAGUUGACAUUUUGAUGAGAGCAGGAUCAUUGAGUGUGGACUUUCCUUUAAAUCUCCACUGUACUUUUUUUGUAAUUUGGUACAACUGAAUAGCUUGCUGGGCCAUUUCCUAGGGCAGUUAAGAGUCCUUGAGAUUGAAAUCAUAAAUGAGUUGAAUCGGGAAGGAUGGCUGGUUUCAUUCUUUAAAGAAUGCUAAUGAAUUAGAAUAGGAGGUCAAUUCAUUGAGCAAAGUAUUCGCAAUUUGGCUGCUGACAGUGUGAAACAGAUGAGAUUCACUGAUAUCAUAGAGUGGAUAAACAGGUGAAAUAGUUGGAAUAUAUUGAUAAGAAUGUGAUUUGAGAGCUACAUUGCAAACAUGAAACUUGCAGCAAGUGUGGCAUCCUUAAAGCAAUGUUGUUGGUAUAUCGUGAUCUAUUGCAGGUUAAAGGGUAGAUUUCUAAAUGACCAUCCAGGCUUGUUGCAGCCUGUUAUAGAAACUGUUCAGUUUUUAUUUCCAUUGAAUUCAGAGGAGAUAAAGUUUUUAGAAUGGGUGACUGUUUCACGGGGUCAGUCUCGCACCCAGUGAGACUUUAUUCCAAAGAGCUUGUCCUACCCAGAAGUUGUAAAUGAAAAAUAUUUUAGUUUCAAAAGAAAAUCAUGUUUCUGCCAUAAUAGUUGUUUUAUUUGCCAAAGUUUUAUAAAUUGUUGUUAAUGGAAGUUCCCAUGUCAGCUCAUAGUUAAUCCCACAGGACAGCCCAUUUGUUUAUGAUUACAAUGCAGUGUAUUCAUAUUGUACAGAAAAUAUGUGCCAUUGUGCAGAGGCUAAGAGAGACCCAACAAUAAAGAAAGGCAAGCAAAUGUGGCAAUAAGGUCAGAAGAAAUCUGAAGAAGUUGAUAUGAUUGUUAAGAGACGCAAUUACAACUGGAGAGCUUAGGGAGGCUUUAAAUGUUAUUAAGGGAAGUUGUGCCAGAAUUCAUCUUAAAGCAUUGAAAUCAAUGUUUUUAUUUACUUGUGCAGUUUUUACAUCAUGUGAACAGCUGAUUUUGAAGUCAUGCAGAUGGUCAGAAAUGAAUGCAGGAAUACUGUCUUUGUGGAAAAAUUGUUUACUGCAUCUUACAGUGUUUCCAAGAGUUGAAAGGCCAUGCCUCACAUAUAUCUUGUGGAUACUCCUUGGAACUGAGUUCAACAUGUUGACACCAUUUUUAUACACAAAAGAUGGUUUACGUAUUUUUAAGAAAGGCGGUGUAGUUUAAAAAAAAUUAUAUAACUUGUAAAUCAGCAGGGAAUAACACCCAAAUUUGCUUGUUUCCACUCGCACCAGUUGUAGACCUUGCAGAUUUCUUUUAUUGUGCUGCUGUGAUUUAACAUGCAAUAAUUUUGAUUUUUUUUAAAUUUCAAAAUUAUUUCAAGCUUCAUCCCCAGAAACAACAAUAGGGAGUAUGGACUCAUUAUUAUUUUUGCGUGUUAGAUUUGAGGCUUUGUGGCAAGAAUUUACAUUGGUCUGAGCUUUCCAGUUUUGAUGUGAAAUCUCUGUGUUCUGGAAUCAGAUGGUUACAGUAAGAGAUCAACGUGAUUAGCUGUCCUUAGCUCAGUUAUGUAGUGGCUUUUCUUUGAUACAGCAUUAGAACAAACCUCAAAAAAAUAGUCAUUGAAAGAAAUUAAUAAUCUCAAUGAUUUCUCCCCAAAUUACGUGCCAAUUACUUUCAUCAAUAAAUUGCCCAUGUGAUAAAUAGCAGAUCUGACUGGAAAUUCAUUUGUAAGGUAAUGUAAAGUGGUUAAAAAGUGGGACAUGUGUGUUAAAAGAUGGUAGGGGGUGCUCAGGUACAUCUUAAACCCCUGCGUCGAUUGCUGAAUGGUUCCUUUCAGUGAUGUUCUUUCUAUAUAAGAUUUAUCUCUGUAUUCUUAAUUGUUAACUUGUAUCCAAGUAAUGGCUAUUAUACAAACACCAUGACAGGAAAUGUUAAAUAAAGCUAUUUAAUACAUCAGCACCAGUGCAGAACACAUUGGCCUUAAGUUUAAAAUAAAAACAACUGCCAUCUGUUUGUAGAAAAUAAACCUUCAAAUUAGCCAACAAAUGGACAUGUUCAAGAAAGUAACUUAGAAGUAGAAGAUUUAUAGUUGCUGUACUUUAGCAGCUUGUGUUAUAUAUACAUAGUAGCUACGACAUCUAUUUAGUCCAAAAUAGUCAUGUUGACACUUGAUCCUCCACAAAAAGCUCUCAGAAAUAAACACAAAAUAAUCACGUCGAUACCUAAGAUUCCCAGCAAUCCACAAGACUUCAUUUCUGUAUCAUUUAUGAUAGUGAUAUAACGAGGAUAGUCAACAUAAUAAUAAUGAGGACAGCCAUCUUAAAAUGGGCACAGUAUAUCGAUUUAUCACUCUUAUUCCAUCAGAUUUCCCCAAGGUCUGAAAUAGUUGACCGAGUAAGGUUUAAUCUGGAUGAUUGUUGGUGGAAUGGGACAUUGGUGUUUCAGAUUUAAAUCAGCUUGGUUCUGUUUAAAGAAAAUUAGAAUUAUUACACCUCAUAUAUGAUAAUAAUGAAGGAAUGAUGAGAUACACUGUAUGCAUUCAAUAACAUAUCAAAUUCCUUGCAUUGACUUCUGAUUUCUGGCAUCUGCAGUAUCUCAUAUACAAUAGGAUGAGUAUCUCUUUGUCACUGGACUUCCAUAGAGUUUCACUAAAAUUAAAUAGUGUGCAGUUUUACAGGCAACAAUCCUGUAGCAGUUAAAAAUAAUUUAAAAUUUGAUUAAAUAUGCAUGUAAAUGAGUUAUCUCUAUCUUAGAGCCACAAUUUUCUUUCAAAAGCUUAGGGUCCGACUUGAUUUGAAUGAUUCAAACAGAAAUAAAGACCACAUUCUAAGUGGUUUGAUUUUCAAGCUAUUGAAGUCACUGCUGGAAGACAUAUGUACAACCAGCUCCACCUCAGUGUUUGUGCAGGAUGUUGGCAAUACAUCCUGUUCUGGCAUAUAUUCAGGGUAUUAGAGCUUCAUAAUUUAUGCUUUCAUAGCAAAUCCCAAGAUUAUCCAGCUGCUUGACCCUGCAACUACAUCAUGAUGACUAUGUGUGUGUGUAUAUAUGUAUAUGUAUAAAUGAGUCUAGCACAAAUGAAAAUUCGCUUUAAUUUUGCCAUAAAGUGCCGAUAUUUUUAAGUUUUCUUAUUUGUUUUACAAAACAGCUGUCACAAAUUUUAUCCAAGUACUAUGUGAUGAUGUGUGGCUUUAAUAUGAUCCAAUUACAAGGUGA